GCUGGAAUCACCAACUCGAUCUUUGAGCAUGGAUGCCCCACGAGGAAUUAAUAUCAAAGCACAAGCUGGGAAUAUUGAAGCGCUUUCCCAGAUGGAUAUAAAACUACACAGCAGUGAUGGUGUGCUUUUGCUCGAUGCUGAAACCGUGCGACUGCCCAAAUUGCCUGAGGGUGCAAGGGGUGGAUCCAGUAUUUCUCAGGGGCUUUACGAAAUUUGCGUGUGUCCGGACGGAAAGCUCUACUUGUCAGCGGCUGGCAUAGGCUCCACUUGCCAAGAAUACAGCCGUGUCUGCCAGUGA